AUGUCCAGCGAGGAGAGCUACCUGGCCAUCCUGCGCUAUCUGACCAACGAGCGGGAGCCCUACGCUCCGGGCACCGAGGGCAAUGUCAAGCGCAAGAUCCGCAAGGCCGCCGCCUGCUACGUGGUGCAAUCCGGGACCCUGUACUACCAGCGGCGGCAGCGGGACAAAGAGCGCUUCACCGAGCUGGAGGUGGUGCUGCAGCCCGAGCGCAGGAAGGGGCUGAUAGAAGCGGCGCACACCGGGGCGGGAGGGGAGCACCUGACCCGGCAUCAGACAUGGCACAACCUGUCCCAGACCUACUGGUGGAGGGGUGAGAGCACAGUAAUGGGGAGCUCACAAUGGGGGGCACUGGGAGCUACUGCAGUAAUGGCACUUGGCGAGCAAGGCAUCUCGGGAAAUGUAGUCCAGCUGCAGUUGCAGUGA